CUGGCGCGGGGCGGGUGGCGGGAGUGCUGAGCGCGGCGCGGUCGGCCCGCCGCUUUGUGUGUGUCCUGGUUUUGGGCAGGAGCUCCCGGCGGCGGCGCUGAGGGAGGCGGCGGCGACGAGCGGAGUCCGGAGGACCAGCAAGAGGGGAGCCUCUCAUUCAUUUUUACUCCGCAUUUCGGCCUCACCCGCGCCGGGGACUUCGGGGCAAUCUUGCGAACUGCGUCGCGCCCUCCCGCCGCCGAGGCUCGGGCGGCGGACAGCUUCUCCCCCGGGCCGGGGUCAGGUUUGUUUCGCCUAGCCCGGACGGAUUUGGGCUUUGCCCCCUCUCUCUGCAGUUUUUCCCCCUCCUACCGCUCUGGUUUGAAAAUGGAGGCCGACGACGCCGACAGCCCGCCCCGGCGCGCCCCGGGUUCUCGACUCGGCCGAGCCCUGGGCUGCGGCUGCCGGCGCUGAGGGGCCACCCGAGCCGCCCGCCCCGUCCGCGCUGCCUUUGGAGUAUUAUUUCCUUCGCCCUUAUCUUUGGAAGGGGGGCGAAGACUGAGUUGGAGACUUUUUCUUUUCCUCCCCGACCCCUUUUAUUUUUGAGAAAGGGGAAUUUCGUCCCAAAUCAAAGGAAUGAAGUCUGGCUCCGGAGGAGGGUCCCUGACCUCGCUGUGGGGGCUCCUGUUUUUCUCCGCCGCGCUCUCGCUCUGGCCGACGAGUGGAGAAAUCUGCGGGCCCGGCAUCGACAUCCGCAAUGACUACCAGCAGCUGAAGCGCCUGGAGAACUGCACGGUGAUCGAGGGCUACCUGCACAUCCUGCUCAUCUCCAAGGCAGAGGACUACCGCAGCUACCGCUUCCCCAAGCUCACCGUCAUCACCGAGUACCUGCUGCUGUUCCGCGUGGCCGGCCUCGAGAGCCUCGGCGACCUCUUCCCCAACCUCACGGUCAUCCGCGGCUGGAAGCUCUUCUACAACUACGCCCUGGUCAUCUUCGAGAUGACCAACCUCAAAGAUAUCGGGCUUUACAACCUGAGGAACAUCACUCGGGGGGCCAUCAGAAUCGAGAAGAACGCCGACCUCUGUUACCUGUCCACGGUGGACUGGUCCCUGAUCCUGGAUGCGGUGUCCAACAACUACAUCGUGGGGAACAAGCCCCCGAAGGAGUGCGGCGACCUGUGUCCGGGGACCAUGGAGGAGAAGCCCUUGUGCGAGAAGACCACCAUCAACAACGAGUACAACUACCGAUGCUGGACCACUAAUCACUGCCAGAAAAUGUGCCCGAGCGCGUGCGGGAAGCGGGCCUGCACGGAGAGCAACGAGUGCUGCCACCCGGAGUGCCUGGGCAGCUGCAGCGCGCCCGACGACGACUCGGCCUGCGUGGCCUGCCGCCACUACUACUACGCCGGCGUCUGCGUGCCCAGCUGCCCGCCCAACACCUACCGCUUUGAAGGCUGGCGCUGCGUGGACCGCGACUUCUGCGCCAACAUCCUCAACGCCGAGAGCAGCGACACCGAGGGCUUCGUGAUCCACGACGGCGAGUGCAUGCAGGAGUGCCCCUCGGGCUUCAUCCGCAAUGGCAGCCAGAGCAUGUACUGCAUCCCUUGCGAGGGCCCUUGCCCCAAAGUCUGUGAGGAAGAAAAGAAGACGAAGACCAUCGAUUCGGUGACUUCUGCUCAAAUGCUCCAAGGCUGCACCAUCUUCAAGGGCAAUUUGCUCAUUAACAUCCGACGGGGCAAUAACAUUGCCUCGGAGCUGGAGAACUUCAUGGGGCUCAUUGAGGUGGUGACAGGCUACGUGAAGAUCCGCCACUCCCACGCCUUGGUCUCCUUGUCCUUCCUCAAGAACCUUCGCCUGAUCUUAGGGGAGGAGCAGCUCGAGGGGAACUACUCCUUCUACGUCCUCGACAACCAGAACCUGCAGCAGCUGUGGGACUGGGACCACCGGAACCUGACCAUCAAAGCGGGCAAGAUGUACUUUGCUUUCAAUCCCAAGUUGUGUGUCUCCGAAAUUUACCGCAUGGAGGAGGUGACGGGGACAAAGGGGCGCCAGAGCAAAGGGGACAUAAACACCCGGAACAACGGAGAGCGAGCUUCCUGUGAGAGCGACGUCUUGCACUUUACCUCCACCAACACGUGGAAGAACCGCAUCAUCAUAACAUGGCACCGGUACCGGCCGCCGGACUACAGGGACCUGAUCAGCUUCACCGUCUACUACAAGGAAGCACCCUUCAAAAAUGUAACGGAGUACGACGGCCAGGACGCGUGUGGCUCCAACAGCUGGAACAUGGUGGACGUGGACCUCCCGUCCAACAAGGACAUGGAGCCGGGCAUCAUGCUGCACGGGCUGAAGCCCUGGACGCAGUACGCGGUGUACGUGAAGGCCGUGACCCUCACCAUGGUGGAGAACGACCACAUCCGCGGGGCCAAGAGUGAGAUCUUGUACAUCCGCACCAACGCCUCAGUUCCGUCUAUCCCCCUGGAUGUUCUUUCGGCCUCUAACUCCUCUUCGCAGCUGAUCGUGAAGUGGAACCCGCCGUCCCUGCCCAACGGCAACCUGAGCUACUACAUCGUCAGGUGGCAGCGGCAGCCCCAGGACAGCUACCUUUACCGGCACAAUUACUGCUCCAAAGCAGACAAAAUCCCCAUCCGCAAAUAUGCCGACGGCACCAUCGACAUCGAGGAGGUGACAGAGAACCCGAAGACGGAAGUGUGCGGAGGAGAGAAGGGACCGUGCUGCGCUUGUCCCAAGACCGAGGCGGAGAAGCAGGCCGAGAAGGAGGAGGCCGAGUACCGCAAAGUCUUCGAGAACUUCCUGCACAACUCCAUCUUCGUGCCCAGGCCCGAAAGGAAGCGGAGAGACGUGGCGCAAGUCGCCAACACCACCAUGCCCACCCGGGGCAGGAACAGCACGGUGGCGGACGUCUACAACGUCACAGACCCGGAGGAGCUGGAGACGGAAUACCCCUUCUUCGAGACCAGAGUGGACAACAAGGAGAGGACUGUCAUUUCGAACCUCCGGCCUUUCACCCUGUACCGCAUCGACAUCCACAGCUGUAACCACGAGGCCGAGAAGCUGGGCUGCAGCGCCUCCAACUUCGUCUUUGCGAGGACCAUGCCUGCAGAAGGAGCAGAUGACAUUCCCGGGCCGGUGACCUGGGAGCCGAGGCCCGAAAACUCCAUCUUUUUAAAGUGGCCAGAGCCCGAGAAUCCCAACGGGCUGAUUCUAAUGUAUGAAAUAAAAUACGGAUCCCAGGUCGAGGACCAGCGGGAAUGCGUGUCCCGGCAGGAGUACCGGAAGUACGGAGGGGCCAAGCUGAACCGGCUCAACCCGGGGAACUACACGGCCCGGAUCCAGGCCACCUCUCUGUCCGGCAAUGGGUCAUGGACGGAGCCUGUGUUCUUCUACGUCCAGGCCAAAACAACGUACGAAAAUUUCAUCCACCUGAUCAUCGCGCUGCCCGUGGCUGUGCUGCUCAUAGUCGGCGGGCUGGUUAUAAUGCUGUACGUCUUUCACAGGAAGAGGAACAACAGCAGGCUGGGGAAUGGCGUGCUGUACGCUUCUGUGAACCCAGAAUAUUUCAGCGCGGCGGACGUGUACGUGCCUGACGAGUGGGAGGUGGCCCGGGAGAAGAUCACCAUGAGCCGGGAGCUGGGGCAGGGCUCCUUCGGGAUGGUGUACGAAGGCGUGGCCAAGGGCGUGGUCAAAGAUGAGCCCGAAACCCGGGUGGCCAUAAAGACAGUCAACGAGGCCGCGAGCAUGCGUGAGAGGAUCGAGUUUCUCAACGAGGCUUCGGUGAUGAAGGAGUUCAAUUGUCACCAUGUGGUGCGCUUGCUGGGUGUGGUGUCCCAGGGCCAGCCGACACUGGUCAUCAUGGAGCUGAUGACGCGGGGCGAUCUCAAAAGCUAUCUCAGGUCUCUGAGGCCAGAAAUCGAGAAUAACCCCGCUUUCGCGCCCCCGAGCCUGAGCAAGAUGAUCCAGAUGGCGGGAGAGAUUGCCGACGGCAUGGCGUACCUCAACGCCAACAAGUUCGUCCACAGAGACCUUGCCGCCCGGAACUGCAUGGUGGCCGAAGAUUUCACAGUCAAAAUCGGAGAUUUCGGCAUGACGAGAGACAUCUACGAGACAGACUAUUACCGGAAAGGAGGGAAAGGACUUCUGCCUGUGCGCUGGAUGUCCCCCGAGUCCCUCAAGGACGGCGUGUUCACCACUCACUCUGACGUCUGGUCCUUUGGGGUCGUCCUCUGGGAGAUCGCCACUCUGGCCGAGCAGCCGUACCAGGGCUUGUCCAACGAGCAAGUCCUACGCUUCGUCAUGGAGGGCGGCCUUCUGGACAAGCCGGACAACUGCCCCGACAUGCUGUUUGAACUCAUGCGCAUGUGCUGGCAGUACAACCCCAAGAUGAGGCCUUCCUUCCUGGAGAUCAUCGGCAGCAUCAAGGACGAGAUGGAGCCCGGCUUCCGGGAGGUCUCCUUCUACUACAGUGAUGAGAACAAGCCGCCCGAGCCCGAGGAGCUGGACCUGGAGCCGGACAACAUGGAGAGCGUGCCGCUGGACCCCUCGGCCUCCUCGGCCUCCCUGCCGCUGCCCGACAGACACUCAGGACACAAGGCCGAGAACGGCCCAGGCCCUGGCGUGCUGGUCCUCCGGGCCAGCUUCGACGAGAGACAGCCGUACGCGCACAUGAACGGGGGGCGCAAGAAUGAGCGGGCCCUGCCUCUGCCCCAGUCUUCGACCUGCUGAUGCGGGGACCCCGAGUCCCGUGCAGACAGUAACGUGUGUGCACGUGCGGCGGGUGGGGGGAGCGGGUUCUAACCAUCUGUCCACAGCCUCCUGUACCUCAGUGGAUCUUCAGAACAGCCAUGCUGCCCACGGGAGACGGCUUCUCUGCAGUAAACACACUUGGGAUGUUCCUUUUUUCAAUAUGCAAGCCGCUUUUUAUUUCCCUACCCAAACCCUUAACUGACACGGGCCUUUAAGAACCUUAAUGACAACACUUAAUAGCAACAGAACACUUGAGAAUCGAGUCUCCUCACUCUUUCCCUGUCUCUCUCUCUCUCUCUCUCUCUCGCUCUCUCGCUCUCUCUCUCUCUGUCCUUGUUCUCCCUCUCUCUGCUUUAUAAUGGAAAGACCAUUUGCCACAAGCCCAGCCAGACGCCCUUUUUAUCAGAUUGAGGAAAUGGCUGUCCCUCCCUGUGGUCCCAUCUUGCUCCCAUGCACACCUGCCUGUCACCGUAGGUCUUUAUAAAAAAAUGUUGCGAUGGCAUUUUUUAACUGUAUCUUGAACCUUUUUAGGGACACAUGACAUUUACAAAGGGCCAUCAUUCAUCCAAGGUUGUUACCAUUUUAACGCUGCCAAAUUCUGCCAAAACCCGGGACUUGGUCCCUCACGACCCCUGCGCUUGUUUCCUGGUUUCCAGAGGCACAGGGUGAGCACGGGCUCCGGUCACCUCGUGAGCGCCACGCUGGUGAUGCCCUCCAGCUCAUCGUCCCCUGGUGUCCUUUUCAAGUCUCACGUCCACACAGGUCAAUUCGCUUCUGACUAGGCUGUGAUUCGGGGGCACUGGACCGAGCGGGGCUUGCUGUCGGAGAGGACCGGGAGGGGCUGCCCUGGCUGCCCUGCGCCACCUCCCCGCCCCUCCUCCCGGCUCCAGUUCUGCAGCAAACGGGCCUUUUGAGGGAGAGCCUGGCACACAGGUCGCCCACAUGCCAGUCUCCUGUCCCCCCCCCAGAUCCCGGCCCCCUUGCCCCCAAGGACACAGAUGAGAAGGGGUUUCCAGGGGCCGAGCCCAACUGUUCAUGCAGGUUUGCGAGGAAAGCAAUUCCAACAGCACCACAACAGUGAGAAGAAAAGCAGGAAAUGGAUUCCAGCAUCCUAAGCUUUGUCGACAUUUUCUCUGUUACUAGGACUUCUUCAAGGGUCUGACAGUUCUAUGUUAGACCAUGAAACAUUUGCAUACACAUCGUCUUUAAUGUCACUUUUGUAACUUUUUUACGGUUCAGAUAUUCAUCUAUACGUCUGUACAGAAAAAAGAAAGCUGCUAUUUUUUUUUGUUCUUUAUCUUUGUGGAUUUACUCUAUGAAAAUCUUCAGGUCUACCCUUCUUCCCUCUCUGCUCACUCCAAGAAACUUCUUAUGCUUUGUACUAGACUGCGUGACUCUCUUCCUCUUCUCCCGGUAAUUGAUACUUACAGAACAUAAUUUGCCAUGAACUGGUUGAUGCCUUUUUAUAAGUCCACCCCCCCACCCC